CUUUGCUAAGAGUUCUCAGAGCUACAGUUUCUGUCCUUGUCUCUGCCUCCAGCUCCUUAAGAGACACCCAGCCCCAGCGAUUGGAUUGGGCAGCCCGUCUUGACACACCGCUGUGCUGAGUGCUUGAGGACGUGUUUCAACAGAUGGUUGGGGUUAGUGUGUGUCAUCACAUUCGAGUGGGGAUUAGGGAAGGGAGGCUGCCUUGCUGGAGCUGUGUGGUCUUCUGCAAGUGUGAGUUGCAAGCAAAAGAAGAGCUACUUAGCUUUUGGGAGAAGAGGGAGGAUUCAUUUUCAGCAGCUAAAAGAAAAGCAGUUUGUUCAGUAAGAAAAGACUGAGCUGUGGAAGAGUGAAAAAAUGACCAUAUUUCUUUCUUUCAUAAGGUCUUGAAUGUAAUAACUGGACAAGACAUACAGACUUCUAUCAAUGCUAUGAAAAUUAACCAAGUCAUAUUAGCAGCAGAAAAUCUUCAAAGGUGUCAUCCGGCUGAAAUUAACACUUCUUAUUCUGAGAAUUUCACAGGAUGAUUAUAAAUUUUGUACAAAGACAUAUGGCAAUGACAAGAUUAUAUAUUUCACUUACCUCUAAACACAAAGGUGCCAUCUAACCAACAAGGAAGAUAUGCCAUUAUAGCUCCUCCUACAGAUGUUCUGAACAUCUCUGCAUCAUAGCAAUUCAUUACUACACCCAGAUCUUGAAAACUAAGGAACAGACACUUUGGGGCAAUUAUUUUGCUUGUGAUAUUGAAACUACAAUGAAAUAUUAUUGCUUUGCACUCCUUUUGACUGUGCUCAGUACUGACUUGCUAAGAAGUCUCUGUACUACUGUCAAAUCCCCAAGAUUCAGAGGACGUGUGCAGCAGGAGCGAAAAAAUAUCAGACCCAACAUUAUUCUCGUACUAACAGAUGACCAAGAUGUGGAGCUUGGGUCUUUGCAGGUGAUGAAUAAGACUAGAAGGAUCAUGGAGAAUGGAGGUGCUACCUUCAUCAACGCCUUUGUAACCACCCCAAUGUGCUGCCCAUCUCGGUCCUCCAUGCUGACAGGGAAAUACGUUCACAACCACAACAUAUACACCAACAACGAAAACUGCUCUUCUCCUUCCUGGCAAGCAACGCAUGAACCACGUACCUUUGCAGUGUAUCUCAACAACACUGGCUAUCGGACAGCUUUUUUUGGGAAAUACCUCAAUGAAUACAAUGGCAGCUACAUCCCUCCUGGGUGGAGAGAGUGGGUUGGAUUAAUCAAGAACUCUCGCUUUUAUAAUUACUCCGUUUGUCACAAUGGCUACAAAGAGAAACAUGGAUUUGAUUAUGCAAAGGACUACUUCACAGACUUAAUCACUAAUGAGAGCAUUAAUUACUUCAAAAUGUCUAAGAGAAUGUAUCCCCAUAGGCCCAUAAUGAUGGUUAUUAGCCAUGCUGCCCCUCACGGCCCUGAGGAUUCUGCACCACAAUUUUCAGAGCUCUAUCCAAAUGCUUCGCAGCACAUAACUCCAAGCUAUAACUACGCACCAAACAUGGAUAAACAUUGGAUCAUGCAGUACACUGGGCCUAUGCUGCCUAUCCACAUGGAAUUUACAAAUGUCUUACAGCGCAAAAGGCUUCAGACAUUGAUGUCAGUUGAUGACUCCAUGGAGAGGUUAUACCAUAUGCUUGUGGAGACAGGAGAACUGGAGAAUACCUACAUCAUUUACACUGCUGACCAUGGUUACCAUAUUGGGCAGUUUGGACUUGUCAAGGGAAAGUCAAUGCCAUAUGACUUUGAUAUUCGAGUUCCUUUCUUUAUUCGUGGGCCAAGUGUAGAGCCGGGAUCAGUAGUGCCUCAGAUAGUGCUGAAUAUUGACCUUGCUCCAACUGUUCUGGAUAUUGCAGGACUUGACGCGCCUCCAGAUAUGGAUGGCAAGUCUGUCCUAAAACUUCUGGACCUCGAAAAGCCAGGAAACAGGUUUCGAACAAACAAGAAGACCAAAAUUUGGCGUGAUACGUUUCUGGUGGAAAGAGGCAAAUUUCUGCGCAAGAAGGAGGAACCCAACAAAAAUGCCCAACAGUCUAACCAUUUACCAAAAUAUGAGAGAGUAAAAGAAUUAUGCCAGCAAGCGAGAUACCAGACAGCUUGUGAGCAACCAGGACAGAAGUGGCAGUGCAUUGAGGAUUCUUCUGGCAAGCUUCGAAUUCACAAGUGUAAGGGAUCCAGCGACAUGUUCGCGAUCAGAAAGAGAACACGAAGCAUACACUCCCAGGGAUACAGCAAUAAAGACAAAGAAUGCAUCUGUGCAGAUGCUGAUUACCGAACCAGCAGGACCCAGAGAAAAAAUCAAAGACAGUUCAUGAGAAACCCCAGUGCCCAAAAAUACAAACCACGAUUUGUUCAUACUCGCCAAACUCGGUCCUUGUCUGUGGAAUUUGAAGGUGAAAUAUUUGACAUAAACCUGGAGGAGGAGGAACUACAAGUGUCACACUCCAAAAGUAUUAGUAAGCGCCAUGACACUGAAAAUGAGGAGGAUUCAGAAGAUAGCGAUGAUGGUGAAGAAGAAGAAAUGAUAGCUGAUGGCACCAAUGCUGUUGGACAACCUGAUUCUGUCAGAGUGACACACAAGUGUUUUAUUCUUCCAAAUGACACCAUUCACUGUGAGAGGGAACUGUACCAAUCAUCCAGAGCCUGGAAGGACCACAAGGCCUACAUUGAUAAGGAGAUUGAAGCUCUCCAAGAUAAAAUUAAGAAUUUAAGGGAAGUGAGAGGACACCUAAAAAGAAGAAAACCUGAUGAAUGUGAUUGUAGCAAAAAGAGCUAUUAUAACAAAGAGAAAGGGGUGAAGGCCCGAGAGAAAAUGAAGAGCCAUCUUCAUCCAUUCAAAGAAGCAGCACAGGAGGUGGACAGCAAACUUCAGCUAUUCACAGAGACCCGCAGGAGAAAGAAGGAAAGAAAGGGGAAAAGACGCCAGAAGAAAGGAGAUGAAUGCAGCCUUCCUGGACUUACGUGUUUUACCCAUGAUAAUAACCACUGGCAGACAGCACCGUUCUGGAACUUGGGGUCUUUCUGUGCUUGCACAAGUUCAAACAACAACACCUACUGGUGUUUGCGAACAAUUAAUGAGACACACAAUUUUCUCUUCUGUGAGUUUGCAACUGGAUUCUUGGAAUAUUUUGAUAUGAACACUGAUCCCUAUCAGCUGACAAAUACAGUACACACAGUGGAAAGAGGCAUUUUGAAUCAAUUACAUAUGCAGCUAAUGGAAUUGAGAAGUUGUCAAGGUUACAAGCAGUGCAAUCCACGACCUAAGGGACUUGAAACAGGGGACAAUUAUGGGAUGGAUGGGAAGGCUAAUCUGCCAAAUUUCACUGAGGACAUCAACUGGCAAGGACUGGAAGAUUUAUACAGUGUGAAUGAAAGUUUGUACGAAUACAGAUACAACUAUAGACUUAGUCUGGAUGACUGGACUAAUUACUUGAAGGAUCUAGAUAGAAUGUUUGCACUGCUGAACAGUUACUCUGAGCAAAAUAAAACAGACAAAACUAAAACCGCUCGAAACAAUGGGUACUUGGAUGAAUUACCUCUACCAUUUACCUGGGGAGGACUGACCUCUGCCGAGUCAGACGAAGACUCAAGUGGUCUGAUUGCAGAAGAGUUGCAGCCUAUCGUGCCAACAGACUUGGCAACCCUAGCUUUGAGCACUGUAAUUUUAAAUCAAGUGAGGAAACUUGAAUUAAAUAAUGAUAUUCCUGAGAAAAGGAGUUUGAAUUCUGCACACUGGAGAAAUCAACAAGCUGAAAAGUGGUUGGAGGGUAAAGAGUUAGACAGUUUUGAAAUGCAUUUAAGUGGAAAUGGUUUGACAGAGCUGGAGUCCGGGCAUAGCUUCAUUCUACAGACAGUUAACAUUCUUCAGAAAGACUCUCACCAGGACAGUGACCCAGUAGAGGAUAUUUUUGAAGAUCAGAUAUACCUUCCUGUGAGUUCUGAUGAACCCACUGUUCAUCAAGCUGUAAAUGUCUCAAUCAGGGAUCAAUCUAUUAGGGCUCAGAAAAUGGAGACUAUGUUGGAAAAGAUGGAACAUAACUUUGAAGGAGAGACUUCAAAAAUCCUAAAUGUAGAAGGCAGUGCCUCAUCUCCACUCUCCUUGGAUUAGAUCAAAUUGUAAACCAUAUAUGGCUCUCUUUAUUUUUGAUCAGUAAACUAGUAAUGGUAAUCAUGACAACUGACAUUCCAUGUUUAUUGCGGAUACAUUUUGCAGCUGAAAUGAGCCCAAUGCUCUGUGUGUGUCUGUGUGUGUGUGUGUGUUUAUUUCAUAUAUACACAUACUUUCGCACUAAUUUUCGAUAAUUGAGAAACUAGGUUCCCACAGUAUUAAAAAAGAAACAGUGUUAACUUUAUAGUGCAAUGAUGCACACAUUUCCUAGACUAGUAAUGAUUUCCUUAGCGUUACUUUUUCUGUUUCCAAAAGGUCCCAUAUAAAUGAAUGUCUCAGUCCACACAUGCUAUCUGCAUAAUGUAUUUUUGAUAAAUUAUUUUUAACCACUGGAAAAUGUCACACUUUCAUGUCACACUUUUGAGUAAAAUGAUAUUGCACUUUUGUAAUCUGUCUCCAAGACCAUUUAUUAAUCUGAUCAUGUACAUGUUCUUAGUUUGCUCAUUGUUUCAUGUAAUUGUGAAAUAAUAAAAUGGGUUGACAAGAAAGAGCUACCGCACGGAUUGUGAAAACAGAUUGGUCAAAUAUUAUUUUAGCAGAAACUAUUGCAUGGUUUGUUGCCUUGACUUUCAGAAAUGUAUUUUCAGAAAGGUAGAGCUCAUGGAUGCUCACUAUAUGAGGAUUUUUUUUUUAAAUUGGCUUGUUUCCCUACUUAUUGAUACCAUCAGUAUUAAAAAUCCAUGAUUUUUUCUCGAUUUUUUUUGCUGAUAUCCUUACAAAGGUUUCUAUGAGUAGAGUAUGCUUUGUCACCAUUUUUGGUUUUAUUAGUCUGGACAAUAGCUUGAUGUUUUCAGAAAUUAUUGUGACUUUAAAAUAUUUUCUUAAAGGCAUUAAAGGGAAUGGUAAAAUCA